GAAUUGGUGGCCAUAUCACCGGAAAGACGUAAUUGGCGCGGCAUAUUUAUUGCCCUGCUAGUAAUAGCGGCUGUCUUCAGUUUAAUUAUAUUUUCAAUAUUUUUACUAUCACCAGAGGAUGAAGCUUUACGCUUACGUGGCGUCAGAUUAACAUUAAGUGAUAUUUUAAGUAAACGCUUACAAUGGAAACCAUUUAAUGGUACAUGGCAUAGUGACAAUGAAUUAGUUUUUCGAGAUCCCACUGGUGGUCUGUCUAUAUUAAACUUAGAUAACUAUACAACGCGUGUUUUAAUGACCAACUCAUCAUUUAGGCAAUUGAAUGCUGAAUCAUUUCUAGUAGCACCAGAUCUUAAAUAUGUUCUACUGCAACACGACAGCAGUGCGGAGGGAUCAAGGCAUCAUGUCUUUGAAGUGCAAUCGGAAAAUGUUUUUCCCUUGGGACCAACUGAAAAUAUUGCCGAAGCACCGCGUUUGCAAUAUGUUUUAUGGGCACCAUAUAAUCCAAUAGCUACUCCCAGCAAUGGCAACAAUGGCGGUGGUUAUAGUAAUGGUAUUGAUAGCAACAACAACAAUUUACCAUCUUCUACAACACCAUCGGCAGCGACUGCAACUGUUACAGCAGCAGGAGCAUCAGCAACAACAAUUUCACCCACACCCACAAAUAGUAUUCUCCUCAGUAGUUUAGCCAAUGGUGUAAAUGUGGCAGCAAAUUUAGUUAAACCACCGCCACCCAUACAACUGCAGCAACAACAACAAAACCCCCAACAAUUAUUGCAAAAUAAUCGAGUACUGGCCCAAAAUCAGGCAAUAGCUUUCGUACAUGAGAAUGAUAUCUACUACAAGCCGAAGGUGCAGGGUGAGCUGGUGUGUCGUAUUACAAUGACGGGACAACCUGGUGUGGUGUACAACGGCAUACCGGAUUGGACAUAUGAAAAUAUACCCGAAUUGGAUAGUCGUGGCAGCAGUAUGGCCUUCUCGCCGGAUGCCAUGUAUUUGGCCUUUUUAACCUUUAACGAUAGUGAAGUUAGUGAAUACAAAUACACAUGGAUGGGUGAUGAUCUCAAAUAUCCAGCCGUUCUAACACAACGCUAUCCCAAGGCUGGUACCAAAAAUCCCAACAUAACUGUCAAUGUAGUGAAUCUUUCCGUCCUUAAGUACAUCUUCCCCACACAAAUUAAACUUCCGGCUGAAUUGAAUAAUGGCAGCUAUAUUGGCGGUCUCACCUGGGCCUCACCAAUUGAUCUGUCGGUAAUUGUUACAAAUCGUGCCCAGACGAAAGCGACCACAGUAAUUUGUCGCGCUCCCGAUUUCCAUUGUAACAUUGCCAAUACCGAGGUGACCGUCAACGAUGGUUGGGUGCUGCCAAACGAAAAACCAAUAUUCGCCAAAAAGCACAACAGGCUUCUCAAGUCGCUGGCCGGCAAUCAGACACUGGGCAACGAAAACUUCCAAAAUAUCACAAAUGGUCAAACGACCUACGAAAUCACCAACGGUGGUUAUCUGCUGAAACGUCUUCCGGUGCGCGAUGGCGAACAUGGGCAUUUUAGGCACGUGGUAUUCACCUCAUCGCUGGACAAGCGUACCGUACCGCUCACAAUGGGUCGUUUCGAAGUAACCGAACUUGUCGGUUGGGAUGAGGACAACGAAAUUGUCUACUUUAUGGCUGCUCCUGAGAAGCGUCCCGGUGAACGGCACCUCUACAAGAUCAGCCUUAAGUUGAAUGUGACGAAAACCAAUCGGACGUAUAUUACCUCAUCACAACCCACAUGUCUGACCUGUGACAAUACCCCCUCCACCUUUAAGCUGCGAAAUGGGCGACCCGCCAUGGAACCAGAAGAUGUGGACGAAGAUGAGGCGGACUUGGUCUAUGUUAUACCCAAAAAUUGUCUCUAUAACAAGGUGUAUUUCAGUAAAGAUUUCUCGUACUAUGUCCAGGAGUGUUUGGGACCAGAAUCGCCUAGUGUUUAUCUGGUGGAGACACAAACGAAUUUAAAGACUCUGGUGCUAAAUGCCGGCGAUAGUUUACGGAAUCGUUUAAUGCAAUAUGCAUUGCCACAGAUACGAACAUUUAAUGUGGAAAUACGUCAUGGUUUCCAUGCUCAGGUGAAGUUGUUUUUACCACCCGGCAUGAAGGAGGAUGAGGAAGUGGCCUUUCCCCUGAUAUUGCAAAUCGAUGCCUCACCCGGUUCCCAGCUGGUUAGUGAACGUUUCCAAGUCACCUGGAAUUGGUAUUUGAGCAGUCAACGUUCCUUUUUGGUGGCACAAAUUGAUGGACGCGGCAGCGGCUAUCAGGGUGAACUUUUGCGUACACAAGUUCAUGGCAAAUUGGGUACCGUUGAGGUGGAGGAUCAAUUGGCGGUCUUAACAUAUUUACGUGAUAAUUUAAAAUUCAUUGAUCCCUCACGUAUCUGUGCUUACGGCUGGGGCUAUGGUGGCUAUGCAACUGCAAUGACACUCAUCGACGAUUCACAGCAAGUGUUACAGUGUGGUGUGGCCGUGAAUCCUAUAUCAUCAUUUGCCUAUCAUUAUUCAUUCUUUACGGAACGUUAUAUACCGCUGAAGGGUGAUUACUUACGUGCUCUGCAAGAGGCCGAUUUAACAAUGAAAGCUGGUAACAUCAAGGGCAGAAAUCUUAUGCUAAUACAUGGUACAGCUGAUACUUUAGUACAUCAGGACCAUACGUUAAUGUUGGUCAAAGCUUUAGUGGAUCAAGAAGUUAAAUUUAGACAUCAGGUUUAUCCUGAUGAGGAUCAUUUAAUGUUAAAAUCUAUAUCUCAUGUCUACCAAACCAUGGAAUGGUAUUUUGAAGAGUGUUUUGGUCCCAAUGAGGAUGGCGAAUGGGAUCCAACUGGACUGUUUGUGUUCAAACAAUAAUUGUUAAUGUUAGAAACCAUUUAAAUUUUUUUGUAACAAUUACAAUUUUAGUAAUUAAUAAUAAUUAGAACAUUUUAAUUGAUUUUUAUAUU